CCCAGGACAGUGAAAGAGCCACGCCGGCAGUCAAUGGGGGAGCAUGAGCCUCCAACCAGCGGGCCAGGGGGCGUGGCUCGCUCCGAUGCCACACCCAACCACUCUCAUUGGCUAAGGCUGCCACGGGGGAGGAGCCAGCGCACACCCUGGGCGGAGCCAGCGCACACCCUGGGCGGAGCCCGAAGCUCCGCCGUGGGUCCCGGGGUACAGGUGCGUGAGAAACUAGUGCCAGCGCCGAGGAAGCCCGGUCCCCAGGCCAUGGGGGGUCAGCUGAGGCUGCCACCGGGGGAGCCCUGCCGAGAAGGUCACGUGCUGUCUCUGGUCUGUUCAAACUCUUCCCAGGCUUCCUGUGAGAUCACAAGCGUGUCACAGCUGCUGCCUUCUCCUGCCCUCUACACGAACCUGACUUCCACUGUCACCAACCUCAGUAUUUCUGCAAAUGUCGAAAACAAAUACAGUCUCUAUGGGGGCUUGGCACUGGCCAUCAGCUCCAGCAUUUUUAUUGGUUCAAGUUUCAUACUCAAAAAGAAGGGUCUCUUGCAACUGGCCAACAAGGGCAUCACUAGAGCAGGGCAAGGUGGACAUUCUUACCUCAAGGAAUGGGUGUGGUGGGCAGGACUUCUGUCGAUGGGAGCCGGAGAGGCCGCGAACUUUGCGGCCUAUGCAUUUGCACCUGCCACCUUGGUCACCCCCCUGGGGGCGCUGAGUGUUCUCAUAAGCGCAAUAUUGUCUUCCUAUUUUUUAAAUGAGCACUUGAACAUUCACGGGAAAAUAGGCUGCAUUUUAAGCAUACUGGGGUCAACUGUGAUGGUUAUCCAUGCCCCCCAAGAGGAAGAAGUCACUUCUUUGCGUGAAAUGGAAAUGAAAUUGAGAGAUCCAGGCUUCAUUUCCUUUGCCGUGAUCGUCUCUGUGAUCUCCUUGGUGCUGAUUGUGAUCGUGGCGCCCAGGAAAGGACAGACUAAUAUACUGGUCUACAUCGCAAUCUGUUCUUUGAUAGGAGCGUUUUCAGUUUCUUCUGCCAAGGGCUUGGGAAUUGCCAUCAAGGAACUGCUAGAGUGGAAGCCUGUUUACAAGGAUCCCCUGGUCUUCAUUCUGUUGGCCGUGCUUAUACUUUCCAUAAUGACACAGGUUAACUAUCUCAACAAAGCCCUGGACACUUUCAACACCUCUCUGGUGACUCCCAUUUAUUACGUGUUCUUCACAUCCAUGGUGGUGACAUGCUCUGCCAUCUUGUUCCAGGAGUGGUAUGGCAUGAAAGCCAGAGAUAUCAUUGGUACCCUGAGUGGGUUCUUCACCAUCGUCAAUGGCAUCUUCCUCCUCCAUGCCUUUAAAAACACUGACAUCACCUGGAGUGAGCUCACAUCCACUGCUAAGGAGGGCCUUUCUCCGAACGGCAGUCAGAACAGUUACGUUUUACUAAAGAAUGCAGACUAUUCAGCCGCGGUGUAUGAUGAUGAUGAUGUCACCCUGUUUAGCAGGACUGAGGACCAAAGUCUCCAUAAACUUUGAACUUCAACCAAGA